UGUUUGUCAACUUUUCGUCUUACACCUACUCUGUGCUUCUAUUAAAACUGUCAACAAUUCAGAACAAUGAAAAUAUUAUUUUUUGUAUUUUUCUUGUGGAUCGAGAAUGGAGUCUGGGGGUAGGUAAAAAAAAUGCUUUAAUAUCGUGAAUAAAUUGAUCUACUUAUACAGGACAAAGUUCAGACACUCCGACAUCUCCAAUAUAUACAAAUUUAACGAAUUCAACAGUAAUUAAAGUAAUAUAUGUGAAAAAUAAAUAUUUGCUGUUAACUUUAAAGUCUUAACAGGCUCGGCAUCUGCGAUUUCGAUUUCUACUAUGGCGUUCUCAAUAAGAAAUAUUAUUUCAAACAUACCAUACUUUAAAAAGCCAGGAGAACGCGAAGAUGCAUAUAAAAAGAAACGUCGUAACACGUACGUGUUGGAAAAAUCAAGUUUUGAACAUUUAGAAGCUGAUUCAACUUCAAUGCAGUAUACAAGCUUAGAAUUGCCGGAAUCUGUAAAAAAGUUUACAUCAAAAAAAACCUCCUUGUCCGAUACGGAUAUCCUUACUUUAUCUGAUGCACCACUUCGUCACAGACGCCGUAAAUGCAAAAAACUUAAGUUAGAUAUAAAAAAAGCCAGCCAAUCUAUGAACCAGCUUGAUUUUAACGUAGAAAACACACCAAAACAUGUUCUAUUGGAAAGCCUAACAUCAGAAACAUUCAGUGAAAGGUUUAAGGGUUUUGAUUUUAAUAAAUCAUUUGACAUCAAUGAUAUUUCUGACAUUGAUUCUUCCAUUGAAGAGGAGGAACUUAUGUCGGAUCAUUCUAAUAGCAAUUCAAAAUCGCCAGUUAGAAUGUGCAGGAAAAUGUGCUUAGAACUCCCUUCAAGUGAUGAGAGUAGACCUGUACCAUCAACUUCACCUGAAUCAUUUGCAGAUGUUGAGUUUGAUAAAAAUGAAGAGCAACGUAUGGAGCUUCUACUGAAUUAUCAAAUGAAGUUAGAGAAACUUGAUUGCUUCUUAAAAAAAAUGUUUAAUGAGUUCCAGUUUCAUAUUGAAGUGUCUAAAAUUUUUCAGUCCAAGUCUGUAGUAACAGCUCUUCCUGGAACAGAUUUAUCCAACAUACCUAAAAAGGUUGGAGACAUUAUGUUGAACAAUUUGGAUUUGAAAAACAUUGAUCCAUCAGGAAGUUGGAAUAUAAUUAUGGAGAAGGAAGAUUAUCAAGCUAAAACAAAAGUUAAAAAACAGUUGCUUUCUAUUAAAUCUUCUAUAGACAACUUUAUCAAUAGUUAUUUACAUAAUCAUAGAGAAAACAAAUAUAUGAUUAAAAAAAGGGAGCCACAAAUGCGCAUUAACCCUAAAAAGAAGCAAAAAUAUUAUGAUUUCCCAGAUCUAAGAGAUGCCAUGAUAAAUUUAUUUUCAUUUGAAGAAAGUUUAGAAAGCAGUUUUGAUGACUCCAAGUGUCUUUGCAAAUGUCAUAGCUCCCAAACUGAUUCCGGAGUAACAAUUAAGUCUCCAGAGCACUCAACUUCGAUUUCAUCUUCGAUUGGCAACUUUACUCUUGAUACAUCAAAGUUAACAGCUUAUUCUGAAUCUCUAGACCAGGUUUUGAGUUAUAACAGCUUCCAAGACUCCUUGCAUAGUAUGUUUCUUCAAAAAGCUACUAUUGAACGCAUAACAUUCUAUAUACAAGUGCAUAGCAUUCAAUUACAUUGUGAGUCUAAUUUUGAAACAAAAAAUAUGGUGCUAUUCUAUUGUCCUUCAUGUAAAACAAACAAUGCUGAUGAAAAUGAUCUUUUGAAACAUAUUUUGAGUCAGUCACACUGUGAAAAAAUACAUUUUCUUUACAAAACAGCUUAUAUUAAGAAGUGUGUGGCGGCUGGGAAAGAAAUACAGCCUAGUACAGUUUUGAAUCCAAUGAAAAUGUACAGAGAUGAUAAUAAAAUUGUCUGUUUUGGUGAUGCACUGUAUGCAUGUUCAUUGUGCUUUGAGAAUCUGAUUAUGGGUGAAUCAGUCUUGAUGGCUCAUUGUUCUGAUCCUGAACAUGUGGAACGUAAAGAGAAAUUACAUGAAAUAAUUGAUUAAUAUUGACAUUUGUGAGAAAAAAUAUUGGUGGUUAGUGAUUAAACAAACUUAUUAUUUGUUAAGAUUUUAUGAAUAAGAAAAUUUGACCACUUACCUACACCACAUUUAUGUUUUAAUAAUAAAACACUAUUUCUGUCAGCAUCGGUUUGAUUGAAAUUAAUUCUUUUUGGUGCUCUAAAACAUUUUGCAAUCAAUCAUUAAAACCAAUUAUUAAAAAGGUUGCCGAUAGUUUUUUAAAUAUUUGUACAACUUAUUAAAAGAAAUGUUAUGUUUGAUAAGUUGUCAAAGUUAUUGUUCUUUUUGUUAUUGGAAUAUAAUCACAAAAUUUCUGCUAAUAUAAUUGUUAUUAGUUUUAAUUGGAAAAUUAAUAAGAUUGCAUGUAAUAAUGAUUGACAAUAUUAACAUCUGUAGUAUCUUUCAGAUCUUUCUUUUGUGACUAUUUCUUUCAUUUUUUGUUUCUAUGCACAUGACUAAUCCAUGAUAAAUAUUUUUAUUUUUUUCCAAACUACAUAAUUUACCAUUUGUUGAUAUUUACCAAAAAGGUGCUUCUGAUAAAAAACUUUAUAUUCUACUUAUACAAAAUACUGCCCGAUUGUUGCCAUAUUAAGUAUGUUCCUAUAAAAAAAUUAGCCAAUUUUUUAAUACAAAACAAAUCUCAAAUACAGGGUUUAACAUUAUUAGGUAAUGUUUUUUUAGGUUUUAAUCUAAUUUUAAGAUCAGAAAUAUUUUUAUAUAAACUUUCAAAAUUAAAAUAGGUAAAAAAAAACCCAAACUAAAAUGUGUAUGAAAACGCAUUUAGUAGUGUUUAUUUUUUUAAAUGUAAGUUCAUAAAUAUGUUUGCGAUGUAUCAGCAGCAUUUGUAACUUUAGAUUAAUUUAGCUUUAAGAUGUUACUUGUGUUAAAUUGUUACAACAUUUGAUCUCACUCUCAAAUUAUUCUGAAAGACUGAUUUUUAUACAAACUUUACAAAACUAUAGAAAAUAAGGAAAAUUUACAUUUUAUGGAGCAUUUUUCUCAAAAGAGAAAAUUUAUACAUUUUCUGAUCUUUUGUCUGGUACAUGUCAUUAAUUAAAUUUUAGAAUUCAAGAUUUUAUAUUAAUGAAGUUAAGCUUGUGUAGCUGUAACAUAUGCAUUACUUAGACUAGAAAUUAUGUUUAUGUUAAAUUAACUUUUGCCUGUUAAGAACCUUAAUUUCUCUUUAUAAACUUAUAUAAAUAUUUUUAUAUUCUUGUAGCUACAUAGUUUUAAUAAUGUAAUUAUUAACUUUUGUAGUAGAACAAAAAUAAAAAACACAAAAAAACGCUUAUUUUAGGCUUAAGAUUUUUAUGUAAGUCAUGAUAAACAGCCUUAAUUUUAUACAAACUUAUUAAAUCAUGUCUAAAUUGUGAUUCAAAAUCCAAAGUGUUCAUCUAGAAAUAAAUAUAUUUUGGUUGGAAACAUACAGCUGUAAUUUCUAUGAGUAAAUAUGUUAAAAUUGUCAUUGCAGAACUUUAUAAAAUUUCUUUAUUAUAGUCUGAUUUUAACUUUUUUUUUUCUAUACUAAAAAUUAAUACAAAUAUUUUAAUUCUUAAAUUUAUGUAGACUUUGUCUCCAUUUUUUAAUCAUCUCAUUUUAUAAAAGUCUGUAAUGAAACAAGCUUUAAAUCUAUCUGUGAUUGUAUUUCGGCUUAAAACAGGUAAUAAUAAAAAAUAUGCAGUUUGGAA